AUGGCCCCAUCCGACUCCGAGGAGUUCGAGCUUGUCGACCCUCUUGACAUAGCGAAACAGAUCGUUUUGGAAAAGAAGCCGGACCUUACAAAGAUCAGGUCCUGGCUCAUCCCUACUGACUAUACAGCCUCAUCGAGUGAAUAUCGCCGUCAUCUGUCCUCGCAAGCACCAGGAACUGGUGAAUGGAUUCGGCAGACUUCUCAAUUCCAACAAUGGUAUUCAUCUGAAGACCAUGGCUCCAUCUGGAUCAAGGCCGUACCCGGCGCGGGCAAGUCGGUUGUCGCUGCCUCUAUGGUUGACUCCCUCGCCAGAAAGGAGGCGGUACCGGUCCUUUACUUUUUCUUCCGACAGAUCAUCGAGACCAACCAGAACUCCCGAUCGCUUCUUCGAGACUGGCUUGCUCAGCUUCUCCCAUCUAGUGAGGUCUUACAGGUGUCACUCUGGGAACUAAUUGAGGACGACAAAGUUCUCGACAUUAUCUCCACUGACCAGCUCUGGAAAAUCCUGCUGCUGGCUCUACGAAGUGUUGAGAAAGCAUAUUGCGUUGUCGAUGCCCUUGAUGAGAUGGAUCUUGAUGAGGAUUUCCUCGGGCGCAUGAAUGCCAUGGGGAACUUCAGACCUGCACAUGUUAAGGUCUUGAUGACAAGCAGGCCAAAGCAGUAUCUUCAGCGAGCUUUGAAAGAUCCCCAAGUUAUUCAUGUCAGCCUGGAAGAAGAGUUGGUCAAGCGAGACAUUUCUGUCUUAGUUCAACAGCGAAUCUCUCAAUUCGGAAACUUGAGUCAACGGUCGAAAAGCUCUAUUCAAACCACAGUCUGCGAUCGAUCACAAGGUCUCUUCCUGUACGCUCGUCUGAUGCUUGAUCAGAUUGCUCAGUCGAUCGAAGAGGAGCAGCUCGACGAAAGUACUAUCUGUCAGAUGGUUGCCAAGCUUCCAGUCGGUCUUGAGGAAAUGUACAAUCGCAUGUUGUUCGAACACGCGGCAGCCUCUCAGGUUAACCAAGAAAUUCAAGUUCUCAUUUUGCAGCUAGUCACCCAAUCUGCCAGACCACUACGCCUCAUCGAAAUUGCCAAAGCAAUCGAAGCUAUUCAUGGCGAGACUGGCCGAGAUAGCAAGGACGUUGUGCGUACAGCUUGUGGGUCUUUGCUAGAGAUCAUGGAAGACGAAGUCGUUCAAAUCCUGCACCAUUCCUUCACCGAGUUUCUUCUCGAUGCGGAACGUCUCAGCGCAGGCACGGCUCAAUUUCCAGUCAUUGAUCCUACAAUUGCACACCGUAACAUCGCAACGACAUGUCUGGCCAGCCUCCGAGGAAAUGGUUUCAGAGAUUAUCCAGACGGGAACAGAGCAAACGGAGACUACAAGGGAUCAGGUUCGACUUUUCAUUUGGACGGAUUUGACUUCCGAAGCGUGUUCCUCCAAUAUCCGCUCUUGGAGUACGCUGCGAGAAACUGGCCUUACCACGCAAAGCGUUACGAUAAAAAUGAUCCGGAAUUUCUCGUGGCCCUGACGCAAUUCAGUGACAUGCAGAAGCCUCAAUUCAGAGCUUGGCUUGGACUCGUGUCUCGAAAUGAUAACCAACCCAUCGCCGCCGGAAAUGUGACUCCUUUGCACGUCGCUGCAUCAUAUGGCUUGUCUUCGUGGUCAGAGCAUCUCAUCAAACAUGGGGCUGAUGUCAAUGCAACCGACAGUACCCAGAACACUCCGAUCUUUUGGGCGGCUAGGUCAGGACACGCUCUACUUGUAGAUCUUCUUCUCCAGAAUGGAGCGAACCCCGAUCUAGAUGGGUAUGAGGGUCUGAAGCCCCUUCAUGUCGCCGCUUCGAGAAACUAUUCAGAAGUGGUGAAGCUUCUCCUUAUUGCUGGAGUAUCCCCAACAACUUCGAAAACGCAAGACAUUGGUCGCUUUUGUGGUAAUGCCCCGACCAGCGUGGGACAUUCCCCUCUACGCUAUGCGAGCAUGGGAGGCCAUACGGAGUCCGUCGUUGAGAUGAUUCCUUACAUUACCGUAGCCGAGGAUCUGGAGGACGCUCUUUGUUGGGCAGCCCAAGGUGGCCAUUCUCAGCUAGUGGCAGCACUUCUAGACAACUCAAGUGUUUCACCAGACGGAAGGCUUCAAGUUCGGCACGAGUCUGUCUCCGUCACGACCGGCGGUGAGACUGCUCUAAUACUUGCUGCAAAAUCAUUAGACCCUGCCACUGUACGCAUAUUGCUCGACAGAGGCGCGGACGCAAAGAAAUCGUCUUCAAGGAGUAUAAACAAGUACAGGCAAGCACGACCGCAAGGAGAUACGGCGCUUCACAGCCUUGUCAAGGCAAAUAUCAAGAAGGAAUCCGAAAGCGCUGCAAAGGAGAUUCUAAUGAUGCUCCUAGCUUCGGGAGCUGACUUGGAGGCGCGAGAUCAUGAGGGGAAAACUCCGCUACUCUCGACAAUAGGAGGCGUCUUUGCUUCAGGUGUAUCACUCAUAUCUAUGAACAUGCUCAUUGCUGCUGGCGCCAAUCCGCUUGCAGCGGACAACAAAGGCGGGACACUAUUGCACAAAGCUUGUGAAACCUCUGUCGAGACUGAUGCUGUGAAGAUGCUCCUUGAACUCGGUGCCAAUCAUUCCCAACGUCGAUUCUCUGAUGGAGCUACGCCAUUGCACUCCGCAGUUGCGAACGUACACUACGCAGAUUCGAUGAUUAAGCUUCUUGUAAGCCAUGGAGCAUAUGUCAAUGUUCGUGACGCACAAGGCAGUACUCCGCUUUUGUGUGCAGUCAAGGAUAUCUUCAGACAGAAGCAGGCUUUAGGCGCACUGCUCGAUCUCAGAGCGGAUGUGAACCUGCAGAACGAUCUAGGCCAGACAUGCUUGCAUGCUUUUUGA